AUGAAGCUACUUUCUUCAGCCUUUUUACUUUUACCAGAGAUAUUAACUGCCGUAGAAGGAAAGAGAAAUCUUACGCUUACUGUUCUAGCACCAUCGCUCGAUGACAUCAUUUCAUCUGAGCCAGAAAGAUCAGUUGCUGACUUUCCUUUUCACUGGCAAAAUGUCCGUCCCGUUAUCGAAAGUGCGAUUGAGUAUUUCAAGCUUGACGAGCUUUAUGACCUCGAGUUUGAGCUAGUGCCAGAUGGUGGAUGCGAAACUGUAGAUAUUAUCGAGCCUGCCACCAAGCGUUUUUAUCAAAGUCUUCGGCCCAAGACACUUACAGAAGAAGACUGUAGCGAGCAAUUUACCUAUUCUCGAAAGUCGAACAUAUUUAUUGGUCUAACAUGUGACUACCCUUAUGCCCAAUUAUUGCACCAAGGUCGCUACUGGGACACCAGCCUCACCGAUGAAAUUCCUGGCGAUGGAUUUCCAAUGAUAGGGAUCGGACUUCGAGGGAAGUCAUUCAGAUACAGAAACGGGGCUGUAGAAGGAUUCACUUCUUACAAAUCAGUGCCACAUUUGAUGAGACUAGGAGAAACGUAUCAUUACGCCAUUCAACCUGUUAUCGAAAUGAUCAAGCGUUUCGGCUGGGACAGAGUGACCCUAGUUGUUCCAGGCGUUUUUAUGAUGCUCCACAAGACGACUUCAUAUGGCCGGCCAAAUAGCGACACAACAUGGACGGACAUUAUGGACAGAGUUUUGAGCCUCAAAACCGAGCUAGAAAUUCAAACCGACAUCGAGUUCAAAGAAAUCAGCCUCCAACUCUUGGGAAGGAAUCCCGGAGAUAAUCAAAUCUAUCUUGCGGACAGUUUUGGAACGACUUAUCCGAAACAAAUGUGUGAAACUAACUGUAUUCGUGAAACGCUCGAUACGAUAAGCGAGUCCUCAAGAUUGGUGCUCUGGAUGUUUGAUAGAAAAUAUCUCGAAGACUUAUUUUUGAACGAAGAAACGCAGAAUUACAGAGAUCAUUAUGAAGAGCCAGUGUUUUCAAAAACCAAAAACCCAAGUUAUCAGCACUUCUUCUUUUUGGACAAUGAGCCAAAUGAACCAUUUCCGCUGGAGUAUACUAAUGUCCAUUUUCUAUCGACUGAACACGUUAUUCGGGAACAUUAUACGAAGCCUCCUGUUUGCCCAAACGACGCAACACCUAUCAACGCUAAAGAAAUUAUCGAAAGCAGCUAUGUGCUCGAAUCUUACUUCAACUCAAUUGGCCUUGUGAAGAAAAUCUUUUCAGACGUUGAAAGAGCUUACCCUAAGUACCAAUUUGAUCAAAUUCCAGGAACGAUUUACGCUGACUUUGGCUCGAAUACAACCUUUGAAGGGUAUUUCGGCGAAGAAAUAGCGGUCGACGAAGAAGCAGAUCAAGUUAUGACUAUGAUUCUUUACUCUUCGCCUCAAGAAAUCGCUCUCUCGAAUCGAUCGUCAACUAUUCUUCAGCCUUCAAUCAAAUUUUUUGAUAAUUCUGGGUCAACUAUCAUUCCCUUCACUGUUCUCGAUGAAGAAAUAUUCAAUUCAAUAAAGAAUUUCAACUUUCGAGAGCCCGAAUGCGGAUACGAUGGAAACAACCUCGACUGCCAACCGUGCGGUGGAAAUUGCUUUGGAGUCAUAAUGGGCAUUGUUAUUGGCGGUAUCGGACUGGUAAUUGGCCUCGUCGCUUGGUGCUGGUUCACAGCGGCGACCAGGGCUAGCUGGGAGAUCCAAGCUAGCGAUGUGAUCUUCAACCCGGGAAAAUAUCGAAAGGGACCGAAAAUAAGCUCUUUCGAAGAAAUCGUCGACGACGAUAUUUUAGUAAUGGCUGAAUUCGCCGAUCGAAAAUCAAAGCGCUCAACAACACAGAUGAAUAAAAACAGCAGUAUUGUAAAAGGCAUCCAUAUUCCGCUGAAUCCGCACGUUCCGGUGGGUAUCUAUUGGAAAAAGGAUCUCUUCAACAAAUCCCCGCCGAAACUUGUUGCAGUGAAAAAAGUCCGCCUGGCUCAAAGGAUCAACUUUACAAAAGAGCAGCAGAAAAUUGCACAAGAUUUGGUGAAAAUCAAGCAUGAAAAUCUGGUACAGCUGAAGGGGCUCGUUGUCUUGACACUUCGAAAUGUGUGUUACAGGAUUACAGAAUACUGCGGAAAAGGAUCUUUGUACGACCUGCUGCAGACGAAUAUGGAGCUAUCUCUUGAUAUGAAGAUCUGUUUCACAAAAGACAUUGUCAAUGGAAUGGUUUUUAUCAACAAAUCUAACAUCGGACAUCACGGAAAGCUCACCUCUAAAAACUGCUUAGUAGAUGGUCACUUCAAGCUGAAGAUCUCGGACUUCGAAAACAUCCUUUUAUCCGAUUUCGCUGUCCAAGAAAGCAAUGGAGAUCAAGAUGCAUUUCUUGAGAAUCUACUUUGGGCCGCACCUGAAGUGAUCAAAGACUCCGACUUUAUGUACAUGACAGAUAUAGCUACGGUUUUAAAAUCGAAAAUCCUCACUUUCCACCUCGAAAUUUUAAGCCGUAAAAAGCAUCAAUGCGCUUCCGAAACUUCCAAAUUCCUCGAGGAGAGCACAAAACAUCAGAUGUCUAUAGUUUCGGCAUAA